AUGGUCCGCUCAAAUGAACGGGAGCGCAUACUUGUUAAUGAAAUCAAACGCAACCGUGCGUGGUGGUUAUACGACUUUCCUAUCCUUGUUGCAGAAGAAUGGGAAGUGGUCAAAGGGAGAACAGACCUAGGUGUCGGUGAUUUGGUGUUUGCGAAUGAAGCCCGCUCGGCUUUUCUGGUUGUCGAAGUGAAGGCCUUAAACCCAGCAACAGGACCUACAGCGCGUACGAGCAGGAGAAAGGCAAGGCACGAGGUGGAAGUGCAAGUUGAGCGCUACAUGGAAGCUUGGUCAGAGAAAUAUCCGAAUACAAAAGUCUACGGUCAAGCAUGUAUCGAUGGAGAACCGGGUGAGCGGCACGGGCCAAUAACGACCGAGCGUCCGAAAGAAAAAGCCGACAUUUGGAACCGCCGGAUGGUGUUUCAUCCUGAGAGCGGCAACACUUCGGAGAGUUCAAACAGUUCGCCCGUGGAGAGUGAAAGCGGUUCGUACAUACAGACGGGGCUCAAGGUUGCCGCUGUAGCCACUGCGUUAGGUGCGCUGGGGCUUUGGAUGAGUACACCAUCAAAUGAUAGUCCACCAUCAAAUGGGCGGAGACGUCGCAGCCAAGACCGUGAUCAUAUGUAGGAUAUGUAGUUAACCACCUAUCAAGUAAACAUUGUAAGGAGCUCAAUAUAUGUAGCAUGAUCCCAUCUAUUCUAGUUUUUGUAACUGGUAACUGCGAGACCGUUCAUCC